GGAAGCAGCGGCUAGAGGCUCGGAGCGGUGGCCGAGCGGCGGACGACGGAGGCAGGCGACUCGGGCCGCGGCCGGGACGGAGCCGGGGCCAUGGAGUCGCCGCUGCCGGGCUGAGAAGGGCCGGCGCCGCGGAGCCCGCGGCGAUGGCGGGCUACGCGCGCCGCCCGGGAGUCACCCCGCUGUCCCGGGCCCGGAGCCUCGUCAUUCCGGACGCUCCCGCGUUCUAUGAGCGCCGGUCUUGUCUCCCCCAGCUAGACUGUGAGCGCCCCCCAGCCAGGGACCUGGAGUCCCACUUCUUCGGCAUUCGGCCGACGUUUAUGUGCUAUGUGCCCAGUCCGGUGCUAGCUUCCGUGGGAGACACAGAUUUUGGCUAUGGAAAGGGGAAGUGUGCUAAGCAAGGUCCACCAGGAGCUCAGAACACACACUUUGGAGAUGAUAAACUUGGAGAUCUCGAGGCAGCAAACCCAUUCUCCUUUAAAGAGUUCUUGAAGACCAAGAACCUGGGCCUGUCGAAAGAGGACUCCGACAGCAGGGUUUACUCAAAGGAAGCCACGAGGCACUCGCUGGGACUCGACCGCACCUCCCCAGCUUCCCAAACUGUGGGCUAUGGCCUGGAAUAUCAGCAGCCAUUUUUUGAAGACCCAACAGGGGCUGGCGACCUCCUGGACGAGGAUGAGGACGAGGAUGAUGGGUGGAAUGGGGCAUACCUGCCGUCCGCCAUGGAGCAGACGCACUCCUCCAGGGUAGCCGCCAGCACAUCGCCCUGCAGCACAUACGUCUCCUUUCUCUCCAACCCGUCGGAGCUGGUGGGGCCCGAGUCUCUGCCCCCAUGGACGCUGAGCGACUCCGACUCUCGCAUCUCCCCGACGGGGAGCCCCAGCGCUGACUUCACAGCCCACGGAGAGAGUCUGGGGGACAGGCACCUUCGGACGCUGCAGAUAAGUUACGAAGCACUGAAAGAUGAGAAUUCUAAGCUAAGAAGAAAGCUGACUGAGGUUCAGAGCUUCUCUGAAACUCAAACAGAAAUGGUGAGGACGCUUGAGCGGAAGUUAGAAGCGAAAAUGAUCAAGGAGGAGAGUGACUAUCACGACCUGGAGUCCGUGGUGCAGCAGGUGGAACAGAAUCUGGAGCUCAUGACUAAACGGGCAGUAAAGGCAGAAAAUCACGUCCUGAAACUGAAACAGGAAGUCAGCUUGCUCCAGGCCCAGAUCUCUAACUUCAAGCGUGAGAACGAAGCCCUGCGGUCAGGCCAGGGCGCCAGCCUGACGGUGGUGAAGCAGAACACGGACGUGGCCCUGCAGAACCUCCGUGUGGUCAUGAACAACGCGCACGCCUCCAUCAAGCAGCUAGUUUCUGGAGCUGAAACGUUGAAUCUCGUUGCUGAAAUCCUUAAAUCUAUAGACAGAAUUUCUGAAAUUAAAGACCAAGGGGAGGAGUCGUGAGAACCACGGAGGUGCUUCCAGCUCCCAGCUCUGUUUACAUCCUGAAAACACUUCCCGACGGAUUCCAAGAUGCCUCGGCGUCUCUGACUGUGCAGUCUUCACCCACAGUAAAACUUUAUCAUGAGACACUAACUUCAUGACCCGUAGCACUAUUAUUAGCCACACGCCGGAGCCGCACCUGCGCUUCGGUGUAGCUUUUCUAGGUGAGCUCUACACUGCUUCAUAGACGCUGAUCAUCUACUCCAAGGCAAUUCUAUAAAAGCCAGUGAUUUUUUUUUAAGUUAGUAAACGAAAGCGGCGGUCCUGUAGUGUUUCCCGUCGUCAUUCCAGAGCUCUGGCUGUAAGAUGAGUUACGUCAAUCGUCUCUGCUUUUGUGAGCAGACACACCACCCGGGCCGUAAAGGAUGUGCUUGCCCUGGGCAGGGACGUGUGCCUCACCGCCCUCACUCAGCGCGCCCCUGGCUUCUGUCUGCUCCUUCAGCUUCUGGCAGGGGAGGGCUUUUGCGGUUGGUGGUCUGAGCACAGACGCCCUAUGAGGUGGUCACUGUUGUCCCCCUAGGGACCAAGGUCAGCACAGGCAUUCCACGGCGGGACACCAUCUAAGAGCAUCUCUUCAUGGGCCUUCAGACUUGGGGACUCUGGCUGGAGGGUUUGAUAGGCGUUUCCAGUGGCAUCUUGUACAGUGACGUGGAUUCAGGGACGUGGAGCAUGGGCAGAGUUCCCGGGUCAGCUCGAGGCCUCCCAGGGUGCCUUCCAGCUCCUUCCUGUCGGAGGGGAGCUAUAACAUACACUAGAUGCCUUUUGGGCUGUUUUCCUGUGGGUGUUAUUUUUUAAAAUAAAUGUCCUUUUCUCCUCCUGUUCAAGUCGACAGUUUUCUUAUUUAAUAAACUCUAAAGGUCA